AUGCACAGGGCUGUGCGGGGGCUCCCGCGGCUCCCCCGGAGGAAGCGCGACGCGGAGGGAAGAGCACAGCCCGUGCCGGUGCCGGUGCCGGUGCCGGUGCCGGUGCCGCUCGGCUCCCUCCGGUGCCCCCGGAAAGCCGGUGCCGGUGCCCCGGAAGGCGGUUCUGGGCCCGUCGGGGCGGGGCGGCAGGAAGAGGAAGGGCCGGGCCGGGACACAAAGGCCGGUACCGCCCGGUCCCUGGGGCUGGGUGCGGGGCGCAGUGAUGGGGCUGGAGGUGGUGCGGGGCUGGGCACUGGCCCUGCUGGCUCUGCUGGCCCCGGGCGAGCGCAGCCGGCCCUACGCUGUGCUGCAGAAACAGAACCCGGUGCUGCUGGGCAGCAUCCUCAGCGCCCUGCUGCUCGCCAUCAUCCUCAUGGCCAUCUGCGUCUACAAACCGCUCCGGCGGCGGUAGCGGCCUGGGGAAACAACGCCAGCGGCUCCCGGUUCUCUCGUCACCUCUCCUGCCAGCGACAAGGGAUGUCGCGACACCGUCCCGUGACCCCCGCAGCAUCACCGGUCCCUCGCCUCGGCAGCAUCGCGUGGCUCUAUCGCGACAUCGCUUCCCGUGACAGCGUAGCCGGGGGCUGGAAAUCGCACCCCAGCCCUCCUGGAACUGGCUCCUGAUGCGGGGGAGCUUGGGCAGGCUCAGCACCCCCGCAGCUUCCCCCGAGCUGUGCUGAGAGCAUCCCGGGCUGGCAGAGCAGCACCCCGCGGGUGUUCUGUACUUGCUGAGGAAAUCCCUUGCUUGAGGGCUGAGCCUGGAGGGCUUGCAGCACAGCCUUCAGAAAGAAUCCAGAGGCAAAAGCUGCUAAAGCAGGAGCAGGGUGUGUGUGGCUGUGCAGGGACAGGAUUCUCCUUCCCAGCCUCGUUUGCUUUAAUUCUUGGCUAAAUAUUCCCCAGCAGCCACGCUGAGACCCUUCUGGACUGGGGUGAAGGGUUCCAGCUCCUGCUGAACAUCAUCUCCUUGCAGGAGGAUUUGUGCUCCUGAGACACAGGAGCCUCCAGAAGGCUGCAAGCCAGGCAGCUGCUCCAGCCAGAGCUGUUCUGAGCAUUUUCAGUAACAAAUUGAAGUGUUUACACUGAACUCCCACUUACAUAUGAAUGCUGCUAUUUUGUUUUGCACUGCUAUGAGCAGUAACUGGAUUUUGCUUAUUGAGUGUUUGGUGUUUAACAUCAGGGUAUUUUGGCUGAUAAUUUAUUUAGGAUAUUAAAAGUUCCAGAGGAAUUGUGCUGAUGUUUUCUGUUCAGUUUGUUUCAAUGGGCACUGACCACUCUUGUUGCAACCUGGGAUUUUCUUUGCUGCUGUUCAUGAAGUGACAGAGCAGAUCUGACCCAGAGCAGAUCUAGUGAGGAGGCAAGGUAACACUUGUUCUGUUGCUUUCUGAUCUCUUUUUUUCUUUUCCUCACCAAGUCCUGAAUCACUGAUUUUUCUCAGUCCUUCAUCUGCUGUAAAAGUUGGCCUGUAGCUGUGUGCUGUUGGGGGGUGGAUGAUGCAGCUUGCAGCUACAGCUCUGAGUUCCUGGGAGCAGCAUUCUUGUUUGCAUUCAUUCUCCACUCCCUGCUUUGUCUCUUUGUACAAAUAAAAAGCUCAGUAAACAACCUUUUCUUUAUUCAUGAAAUGUUCU